AUGGAGAGUAUUGUCAACACUGAAUCCUCAUCACCUUCCUUUACUCUUCAGAGAUCUUCUUCAGAGACAAUAGUUUCUAUUCAGCUACUAGACUUUAAAACAGGUUUAUUGGAAGCAUUAGAAGAACUGCGUAUGAGAAGGGAAGCAGAAACUCAAUAUGAAGAGCAGAUUGCUAAAAUUAUUAUGGAGGCACAAGAACUUAAAUGGCAAAAAGAAAGUCUUGAGAAUGAAAAGGAAGCAUUAGUAAAGCAGCACAGAGAAGCAAUGGAGGGUUUUAAGAAGCAGUUGCAAAUGAAGAUGUAUGUCCUGGAAGAAGAAAAGGGAAAAUAUCAACUUGCUACAGAAAUAAAAGAAAAAGAAAUAGAAGGAUUAAAGGAAACAUUAAAGUCAUUACAGGUUUCUAAAUAUUCUUUACAGAAGAAAGUAAGUGAAAUGGAACAAAAGGUCCAGCUACAUCUUCUAGCUAAAGAAGAUUAUCAUAAGCAACUGAAUGAAGUUGAGAAAUGCUAUGUUACAGUAACAAAUCAGUUUGGAUUGUUGAAAGAGGAUCAUGUAAAAUUAGAACAGAAUGUACAGGAAGCAAUACAAGUUAACAAAAGACUUUCAACUUUAAAUAAGAAGCAUGAAUCUAAAAUACACAGUUUAAAGAAGGAACUAAAAGAUGUAGCUUCAGACUUGAUAAAGUCCAAAGCUGCAUGUCAGUGUAAGGCAGAAGAAGAAAACAUCAACCUAACAAUUAAAGAACAAAGAUGUGAAGAACUCCAAGAGAGGCUCAACAUGGAACUGGAAUUAAAUAAGAAAAUUAAUGAGGAGAUUAUCCAUCUUCAAGAAGAAAAACAGGAUAUCAUCAUUUCUUUUCAACAUAUGCAACAGUUACUUCAGCGGCAAAUUCAAGAUAAUUCUGAAAUGAAUGCAGAAUUGAAGGUGCUAAAGGAAAAUAAACAGACCCUUGAAAGAGAUAAUGAGCUGCAAAGGGAGAAGGUAAAAGAAAAUGAAGAAAAGUUCCUUCAUCUUCAAAAUGAGCAUGAAAGAGCAGUAGGAACUUGGAAGAGACAUAUUGAAGAACUUAAUGGAGAAAUUACUGAGAUGAAAAGAGAAUUAUCAUUACUUAAAGAAACUCCUACUAAAUUACAUGGACAUUACAAUAAAUUAUGUGAUCAUAAGUUUGAGGAAGACCAGAAAUGUCAGAAUGUUCCAGAAGCAAAUAAUGAAAAUAGUGAAACAACUAAAAUGGCAGAAAACACCGUCACACAGAAAUAUAAUUCUGAGCAAGAAAUAAAGGGAGAAAACCCUAAGACUAUUUAUUUAGAUAUUGAAGACAAUGAAAAGGAAGAAAAGAAAGACCUUCCUGAAGAAGAAAUCAGAGAAGGUUUCCAGACCUUUGAGAAAAGCCUCAAGAAUGAAAUUAAUACUACUGCAUUUCAGGAUGGAAGUCAAAGUGAAAUCUCCUUAAGAAACCCCUUUUCCCUAGAUAAAGAUGUACAUAGUCAAGAACAAACCUUGAGUGUUAAUGACUGUAGAAAAUCAGUUACUAUGGACAUAAAAAACAAGGAGUGCUUGGAAAAAGACAGUAUAUGUUCAAAAUUUGAAUCACCAAACAAUCUCCUUUUAUCAGUAGACACAGCAAUAGAAACAGGAAAGACAGACCUGCAAAGAACUGAAAAAUCAAUUCUUCCCCACAUGGGUCCAGAUGAACCUCUGGACACUCAAAAUAGCAAAGCAUCAUUUAAUAGUAUCUUAAAGGAGAUGGCUCACAAAGGAAAUCAUAAUAAGGAUGUUUCUGAAAAUGAACCAUUCAAACAAUUCAGUUUGCUUCCAGGGGAUCAAGGAAAUUUUAUACAUAAGGAGAUUACAAAUAGUGAUCACACCAAAACAGAUUUAGAUUCAUCUGUAGUUAUAAAAAUGAAUCCUGUUCAAAGUAAGAAAUAUAGUUUCCAGGAUUCAACUAAUGUUUUAUUAGAUGAUAAACAGUGUAAAAUAAAAGAAAUACCAUUGUCAAAUCAAAACGAUUGCAGCAAACUGCCUUUUAAAUCAAUGUCAAAUUUUCAGCAAGCCUGUAAUAUUUUAGAGAAGCCUGAACAUAUUCCCAGUGGCUCCGUAAUCAACCAACCCAUUUUAUCUGUUGUCUUUAGUGAUAAUUUAAAAAUAUCUAAGAACGUGGAAAACAAUAUCAUGCCAAUAUUGGUAAAACAUAACUCAAGCCCUGUAAAAAGAAAUAUAUGGAAAAAUAUGGAUGAUGUGUCAAACAAUCAGUUUAAGAACUGUUUGGGACAUAUGAAAAACAACAUAACUGUUUGCCACCCCGAGGUUAACCAAGAAAACAGUCAUGUUUCAAAAGACAAAGAUUUAAAAGCUGUUGUUCACAUGAAAAUGUCCACAGAUGAACAGUUUUCCAGUAAGAAUCAUCUAACUGAUGCUACAAAGAAAGGCCUCUUCUCUUUUGUAAAUGUUAGGGAAAGACAGCAUACAUUGUUAAAUAAUACAGAGAAGACAGAGUCAUCAAAUGACAUAGCUUCAGAAGAAAUGUCCAGUGAAGGUCAGCACAUAAAGCCAUCUGGAGACUUCAUAAACAGAAGUGGAAGGUCAACCUUUGAUCUUUCUACUUCAGAUACAAAAAUGGAGAAAAAUCCUGUAUACAUGAAUUUCUUAGACCAUGGUCCUUGGUCAAAAGUAAAUCAAAUUAGAAGUCAAACAAUGAGCACUUCAACUAGCAUUCCUUUGUUACUAAAUGAGAGACCAAUAGGUACAUCAGAAGGCAAAACUGUAACUUUGAGUCUUUGUAAAAAUGUUGGCAUGGAUGAUGUCAGAAAAAAUAUUGAAUCAGAUACUGCCAGCAUUGAGAGAGUUGCUGACACUUUGAGUAACUGGAGUACCCAUCCAUAUCCCAAAGGAGAGCUCCGUGAAGAGAGGAAUGCAAUUGCAAAGACUGUUUAUGAUUCUUCUUUUCCCACAGAACAUGUGAAAGCAGAGUCUCUGAUUUCAACUGUGUCACAAAGCCAUUUCCAGGCAGCCAAGGUUAAAGAAAUGCCCGAUUUGGCUGCCUCUACUCCUGGUAAAGAUGACUGGCAGAGCCUUGUAACAAAUCAGCUAACUGAAACUGCAAAGUAUGUAAACUUAGAAAACAACAACCAACCUAAAAAAAGAAAAGCAGAAGAGAUGGUGGAAAAAAUAACAGAUUAAAAUGUUGGUGAACAGUUAUGAGAAUGACUCCCCACUUCCCCAACUUUGUCUAGUGUGAUGAAGAUGUUAUCUGUUCAGCACAUAGAUCCUUUAAAGACAGCUUAUACUUUCAGCUUGCUGGUAGCAUCCAGAUCCUUUAAUGGUGUCUACU